CCGCUGCGCCGCCCGCCCCGCGCUCGGGGCCGGGGCCUCCGCCGGACCGGACCGCCCCGCACCGAGCCCCGCCGAGCCGCCACGGACCUGCCGCGGCCCUGAAUCCUGGUGCUACUGAGGCAACUGCAGGCACUUUAAAGAUGUGGGUGAGCACAGAGGAGGGGCAGGAGAACGACAGGCUCAGGACGUGCUCCCUCGAGCAGGUUCAGUGGCAAAUAUGAACAUUUGUCAACAACUCCUUGGGACAUCAUGAGUUUGCUGGAAUCUGGACCACAGAACACUUGCAAUAGCGCUUUCUAAAUUUGAAUUUCAUUUAAAUGAAAGAAAAAUAGUCCUCUGGAUCAACUGCAGCAAUGGCUAGCAAAAGGAAAUCCACAACUCCCUGCAUGAUACCAGUAAAAACACUGGUGCUUCAGGAGACCGAGCAGGAUGCUGGAGAAGAUGAUCAUGAAGGAACACAGCCAGAGGCUCCAGCAGAAGGACCAGCAGCGAGUGAUGCUGGGGGCAGCAGCAGCAACAACGGAGCUUUGUCCAACGGGCACCGCGGCAUUGCCGACGGCGACACUUACAUCUGCAAGCCUUGUGACUUUGGCUCUCAAGACCUUCACCAGUUCUUUGGGCACUUGGACUCUGAGCACCCAGACUUCAGCAAAGAGCCUGGGUUUGCCUGUGUUGGGUGCAGCUUCCUGGCCAACAGCCACGAAGGGCUCUCACACCACAACGCCGAGUCGCACGCUGGCGAGACCGGCUUUGUCUGGAGGGUGGUGAAGCAGGACAGCCGUACAACCGUGGAGCAAAGUCCCUGUGAGGCCACCAGCAGCCAUGACCUGCCAGGAGAUCUCCCCGAGGAAGGGGCAGACGGCCAGUCUGAAAUUAUCAUUACCAAAACCCCUAUCAUGAAGAUAAUGAAGGGGAAACCCGAGGCCAAAAAAAUCCACACGCUGAAGGAGAAUGUGUCGAGUCAGUUGGGCGGUGAGUCAGAGGUGAAGGAUGGAGAGCAUUCAUUCCCAAAUGGGUCGGUGCCAGUCAGCCAGCCCACUGCAAGUUCAUCAAAGUCAUCCCACAUAGUGAAUGGCUCUAUCAUAGGAAACGUGCCUGUUCUGCAGGCGGGGGUUGCACAACUUGUGUCUCUGCAGCAGCAGCCCCCAUUGCAUCAGCAGCUCCCUACAUCCAAGUCCCUACCCAAGGUGAUGAUCCCACUGAGCAGCAUUCCCACAUACAAUGCUGCCAUGGACUCCAACAGCUUCCUGAAAAACUCUUUCAACAAGUUUCCCUACCCCACCAAAGCUGAGCUCUGCUACUUGACCGUGGUGACCAAGUACCCAGAAGAGCAGCUGAAGAUCUGGUUCACUGCCCAGAGGCUGAAGCAGGGCAUUAGCUGGUCACCAGAGGAGAUUGAAGAUGCCAGGAAGAAGAUGUUCAACACUGUUAUCCAGUCUGUGCCACAACCCACCAUUACAGUGCUGAACACACCCCUGGUUGCAAAUCCUGGGACCGUUCCCCAUCUUAUCCAGGCAACUUUACCAGGCCAUGUGGUGGGCCAGCCAGAGGGGACAGGGGGGCUGCUGGUCACGCAGCCCAUCAUGGCAAACGGGUUGAAGGGCACCAGCUCCUCUUUCACCUUGGCAGUGACUUCUGUCCCCAAGCCACAGCCGGCAGGGCAGCACAGCACCGUGAGCUCCAGCAACACAUCUGGGGUCAAGGUGGUCAACAGCGGCCAGUCCCUGCUCACCGCCUGCCCUGCCAUCUCCUCGCAGACCUUCCUGGAUCCCAACGUCUACAAAAACAAGAAGUCCCACGAGCAGCUCUCAGCUCUCAAAGGCAGCUUCUGCAGGAACCAGUUCCCUGGCCAGGCUGAGGUCGAGCGGCUGGCAAAGAUCACGGGCUUGUCCACCAAGGAGAUCCGAAAAUGGUUCAGCGACAGGAGGUACCACUACAGGAACGUGAGAGGCGGCCGGGCCGUCUUCCCUGGAGACAGUGCUCUCGAUUCCCUGCCUGAAAUCACCUUGGAUGUCCCACCCAGAGGGGCUGAGCUGAGCCCUGCAGCGGUGGCGGCUACGCCGGCCCCUCACCACCCAACACGGCGGCAGUCAUGGCACCAGGCGCCCGACUUCACCCCGACCAAGUACAAGGAGCGAGCGCCGGAGCAGCUGAAGGCCCUGGAGAGCAGUUUUGCCCAAAAUCCCCUUCCUGCCGAGGAAGAGGUGAACCGCCUGAGGGGGGAGACGAAGAUGACACGGAGGGAGAUCGACAGCUGGUUCUCGGAGAGGAGGAAGAAGAAGGUGGCGGAGGAGAAUAAGAAAGUGGAGGAGGUGGCUCAACAGGAGGACGAGGAGGCAGAGAAUGGCGGCGGGGAAGGGGAAGACUCCUCGGAUGAGCAGAGGGCCACGAGUGAGAACGGCUCAGUCGACGCCUCCGGCAGCAACCCCAACUCGGCGGAGCGGAAGGUGAGUCCCAUCAAAAUCAACCUGAAAAACCUGCGAGUGACCGAGUCCGACGGCAAAACCGAGGUACCGGGGACCGGCGCAAAUGAAAAGGGGGACGGCAGCUCCAGCCGGCCGCCCACCCCUCCCAAAACCAAACUGAACUUCAAAAAAACGGCCCAGCAGCGGCAUCUGCUGAAGCAAAUGUUCGUGCAGACCCAGCGCCCCACGAACCAGGAGUAUGAUGCCAUCGUGUCCCAGACGGGCCUGCCGCGGGCCGAGGUCAUUCGCUGGUUCGGGGACAGCCGCUAUGGCUACAAGAACGGGCAGCUGAAGUGGUAUGAGAACUACCGGCGGGGGCUCUUCCCCCCGGGGCUGGUGGAGGUCAGCCCCGCCGGCCGGGAGGUGCUCGAGGACUACUACGAGAAGCACAAGGGGCUGCGGGAGGAGGACGUGCCCGGCCUCUGCGAGCGCGCCCGCCUCGGCGCCCAGCAGCUCAAGGUGUGGUUUGCGGUGAAGGCGGAGGAGGAGGGCAGGGGCUGCGGCCCCGAGGCGGCCGGCAGCCGGAAAGGGCCGUGCGGAGCCGGCGCGGAGGCCUCGGAGAGCAGCGAGGCGUGGGAGCCGGGCGGCCAGGAGGGCAGCGCCGGGAGCCCCGACGCCCCCGGGCCGCCGCCCGCCACAGGGCUGGAAACAGACUGAACUGAAGCCACCAGCCCCGGAGGACCCGCUCUUACCCUUGAGAAGAAAUUAGUGAUCUUUGAGAAACCCAUGGGCCGGCCUGACCCAAGCCUGAGGAGCAGACGUGGUGAUGAAGCACUGCCAUCCAUGAGACCUUUGGGCACAGCACAUGCACAAACUGGGCACUCUGUGCUGAGCUCUUGGUGGUCCAGCCAAGGAGAUGGCUGGGAGCUGGCAGGGGCUCAGCUCACACCCAGGAAAUAGGAUGCUCCUGUUUGCUUUCCAGUGACAGACUUUCAGAUUUCAUAUUCAUAUACCGAUGCCUACAGCUGCCUAUACAAGCAUAACAAAUCUCAGACAUUGUGUAAACAAGGUCAUUGCUUAGAUAUGGACUAUCAUGGCAUAGUACUUGUUUCUUUUUUCUUUGUUUUUUUUUUUCAUCUGUCCAUUAAGGUGUUUGUUCUCUAAAGGUUGGCAUGGCUGCAUAUAUCCUCUCUGCCCUGGCAGUGAAUGGCUUUGUGGGCACACAGGUUUGAGUGUUUUAGGAAGGGAUUUGAGAAGAAAACUGCCAAUCUUGAAUUUGAGUGAGAUUCUCAUCCCUCCAGAUGAGGUUAGAGUGAGCAUUGCAUACUCUCUGAUAAGCAGCAGGUUCCCAGACUGAGGCAGCCCAGGAGGAGAUGGAGUUUGGUUUCAUUUGUCCCUUGCUGGCUAGAACACUUUCCCUGUGCUCCUGGAGCCUGACUGUAACAGGCUGUUAAAUCUCCAAGUCUCUCUUUAAUAUCUGAGAACUAGCACAUAAUAAUUUUUGCAUCCUGACCUGGAAUCCUUUUCAUUGUUUGGAGAGAACAGUCUGUUCUUCAGAGAACAAACGCAGAGAGUCACAGCGUGGCUGUGAGUGGUUCAAGUCAUUGUUGUCACCAAGGCAGCGGCUUUGCUGCCACCAGGAAGUUUCCUUCUUGCAGCCCUACGUGGCAGAUCCUCCUGCAGCACUGCUGGUGAUUUCAAGUGUUUGUUCCAGUAAUUUUUGUUUUUCUUUUCUUAAUUUUUUUCCCCUUUUUUUUUUCCCCAGGCCAUGUGCAAUAGUUCUGGAAAAAGAGCAAAAUAAAUUUCCCAGUUAUCCUGCCUGCUGCCUGGUACCUAUACAUUUUUAAUGUGUGUUGUCUUGUGUGGUUGCUGUGUGAUGCAACUGCUUGAACAUUUUUGCUUUAAAUAUUCUUUUCUAAUAGAAAACAAAGUCUAGAAGGGAAACUCUUGAGCUGAAUAGUCCAGCCAAAUGCUGUGUCAGAUCAUUCUGUCACAAACUAAUCAAAUCCCAACUCCAAAUUGGUUCCAUGUUUUGCCUUCACUUUUGCUCUUGGAAGGCUAGUCCAGAAAUUGACUGCCUUUGAGUGGUUAGAAACUGUAUUUAAAUUUCUAGUUGGAAUUAAUUUGUGGCUGGUACAUUCCUGGUUUGUUUUGGAGCCAACAUUGUCCCUUAACUUAAAUAGUUUUUGGUGUUUAUCUGCUGAUGUAUUUAUGGAGAGUAGUCAUAGCUCCCUAUUUUUUGCCAAGCCAACUCAGCCAAGCUUUUUCAGUAGAAGGUUGUUAUUUAGUGAGAGCUUUUUAAUGUGGGAGACUUUAUUGUUGGUGGUAAAUGAUAUUUAUUAGGAGGGUGGGUAGCAAACCCCAAAGGAUUGGAUCCAGAGAUUUACAAAAAAAUCUGUUUUAAAAACAAAAAAGCUCUUUCAGAACCUCUUCCAAAGAUGGUGUCUGAUUUCUACCUUUAAUUGCCCUUGCUUUUGCAAUUCUUUCUUCAGCCCCCUCUUCAAAAUAUCAGAGAGGGUGGCAGAAUCUGGGUGGUUCUAGAGCUGAAAGCAGAUGUGGGAGUUGUGCAGCCUGAGGAUAUGGAUGUAUGUACAGUGUCACCUUCAGAGAACAAAUACAGGUAGGUCAAUUUACUCUGUAGUGUCUGUGUACAUGCAGGUUUAUUUAACUACACAUAUAUACAGUUCAAAUAUGCCAUUGAUUCUUUAUUGCAUUAUGAUGUACAUUAAAAAUGUACACCUUUACUAACUACUUGCUAUAUAAAUAAGUUGGAAGUGUAGUUUGCCCAUUCAAGGUGAUUUUCUGUGGGAUUUUUGGUGUACACUUAAGGGCCUAUGGCUGAUUGGAAGAGUGAUCCCCACUCCAUCUACAGGAAUGCUUAAGGACUAUGGUAUGAACUGGUCCCUUCAAACCAUGUUUUGAUGCACUAGCUGAAAUAUUUUGCACUUGGAUUGUAUUCAGCCAGUUUUCCAGAAAAAUUGAAAAGAAGUCUUGUGAGCUAGAGGGAGAAUUUCCCGGUGUACACAGAAAAACCAGCCUUGAGGGUUGGAAGCUGCUGAGGUUUUUGAGCUUUGUCUCCAUGCAUUCAUACAAGCACAGCAGGAGUUUUCUUUCUUUUGGGUCGGAGGAAUUUUAAAAAGUGGUUCCAUGCAGGCUCCCCUCGGACAUGGCAACGGGGCUGGCAAACGCCUGUGCGUGGGGAGGGUGAGGUUUAGAGACAAAAAAGAAAUCAAAACAUGAUCGAGUUCCCUCUCUAACUCCUACAUUCCUUGUUAUCUGCAUUGUUUUAGUUGACUUGAAAUCUCCAUAAAAGUAUAAGCUGAAGAUUUUUGAGGGUUUAGCUCUGUGGUCUUCUCUGCUGAGGAGGAGAAACAGGUGCCACCUCCAAACAGACUCUGUUUUGGUGCAGGACAUUGGAAAAGUGUUUGCAUCUGAAACUGAAGAGAAAAAUUGAGAGGUGGCUUGACAGUCCCAACAGCAGCUCUUGUGGUGUUUAGAGGAAGUGUCACCACAAUUCUUCACAGUGUGUGAAUAUUUAUCAUCAUCUAAUCAAAGAUGACUAUCUUGACUUGAAAGGGGUGUAAGAUCGAGGUGAUGUAGCCAGUAUCAGUAAGGAAGGGAAAUGAAAUUCUCCACCUCCAUCCUCUGUGCCUGAGCUUGGGCUUGGCAGGCACAGCAGAAACCAUCAAUUUUAAUCCAUGUGAAUCUUGUUACUUAUGUCUCUGAGGCUGCUUAGAUUAAGGGCACAAUCCAAUUGCUUAAUAACCCGAAACCCUGAUUUGUGCUGGCCCUGCCUUGCUCAUAGGAAGGGCUGCUGGUUCUCCUGGUGCAAGGAACUGAGUUUCUUUAUUCAUUGAUGUCAGCAGCCCCUGCCAUGAGAUUGCUAGACAUUGUUCCAUGUUUCAUGUGGGUACCUUAUUUUUCAGCUCUGUAAUUAGCAUCCUUGAAAUUUUUUUCUUUGUUUUUUAGCAGAACACUAAACAAUGAUCUACAGGUUCCUAUCUCCACUUGCCUGAGAGCUGAGUGAUGCUGCAGUGUGGUGGGAGGAUGGGCACAGGUGCUUGCAGGUACUUACUGUGAUUUCAUGUCCCCUCCCUGAGUUGGUCACCAGGAGAAGCCACCAACAAGAGCAGUAGCUGCUGGCAGAGAAACACUGUAGUCCUUAACCUGCUUGGAGGAUGCUCACCAGAGCUGGAAGAUACCUGCUGGGUUAUUUUUGGUAUGUGUCUCCUGACAGCUCAAGAGAAGGAAGCUGUAGUAGGCUGGUUUUUCAUUUAGGGUUUGGGUAUUUAAUUUUUUUUUUAAUUGGAAAGCAACAGAUUUUGGUCACCUGCAGAAGUGUUAUAUUGAUUUCCCUGCAGCCCCUCUCUUACAGAUAUAACAGAAGCAAACUGAUCACAAGCUUGCUCACUGGGAAUCAGAAGAAAAAGAUGAUUUUUGAGCACUUGGGCACAAAUUACAAAGUGAAUGGGGUCCUGCACAUUCCCAUUAGGGUGACAGUAUCCAAAAUGCUUGUAAAGGUCUUCUCCCUAUUGCCCAGAUAAUUUUGGCUUUGCUCUCUUCAAAUCAGUCAAGGUCCUGAUGUGAUUCAGCUCACCUGUAAAGCUCUGGUGUCACUUCUCAGCUGAUCCCAAAACCAGCAGGGUAAGGUUAGGCAGCACAACACAUGGAGGGGAAGGAGGCACUUGCAGGCUAUCCCUGUUCUUCUUUUUAUUGAGAAAUUUAGUUUCUGCUGUAUGUUUUACUGGCAGUGGUGUGUGCCAGGAAUGUUGGAUUAGCAUCAGAAAACUAAAGCAGAGCAAGGGAGCUCAGUUAUGUAAGCAGUGAAUUUAUUUUUUUUUUUAUUUUGGCUUUUCUUGUUAUGGCCCAAGUGCUCUGUUGGCUGACAUUUGGCAUAUUCUGCUGGCACAAUUAAAGCCCCUUUUCCCCUGUACUGAUGGAAGAUGGUGUUAGGAGGAUUCUUGCUUACUGGUGCUAGUGAAGGUUGGGCUAGGAAUCCAUGGCAUAGAAAAUUUCUAGCUAAAAUUGCACUUUCUCUCUGCCCCAUCUGGCUCGUGGUGGUGUUAUGGGUACGUGGCUGUGAUUCCCCUUGCACAUACUAACAUUGCACUAAAAGAGAGACUUUGGGAACAGCGUGUUGAUCACUUUGUUUCUCAGCAGACCACAAAGUCAGCCUAACGGGGUCUCUUUUUAUUUUUAUUUUAAUUAUUGUUAUUUAGAAAUCAUGCUGGUGCUGAAUGACCUGGAAUUUUUGCUUGGAUUUAUCCAAAGGAAAAUGUAACUGUAGCUGCAACGGGACCUUUCAUAAGGGUGGCCGGUGCAGUGAGGGAGCAGGGUGAGAGCUCUGCUGUGUAAAGCUGUCUUUGUACCAGGGAGCUGUGGGGGGUUCCAGGGGGGGUUGUUACUUUGGAUUUUCUUUUGUUUUUUUCAAGACCACAAUUUUAAAUGGUCACCUUGGCAAUCGUGUGAAACAGGAAAUAGUUUUUACUUUUGGUAAAGGUUUUAAAGAGGAAACAAAAAAAGAAGCUGCCUGUGAUUGUGGGCUGUAGCUAUUACUAGGGCUAGGGUAGCUUGUACGUGCUAUGGACUUUACCUGCUCUUAUUCUGAGGGCAAGAACUCCCUGUAGCAACAAUGCCACUUCUGAGAAGUGAACGGCAAGUUUCCCUUCCUUUUGUAUAUGUGGAUGUGAGGGUGGGCAAGGGGAAGAGCUUGCUUGUACAGUUUGUUGAAAUGAAACCAGACAUUUUUGGUUGUUCCUAAAUAAAGAGCGUAAAAA